UACAUUAGCAAGUUAGUGAUUGGCAUGAGCGCACCCCAAAAAGUGUAAGAAAAAGGGCAUUCAGUGAGGAAUCAGAGAGGCCAGUUAUAAAUUGAUUGUCAGUAACUCAAAUCUCACCUUCACGGUUCACACCACUCUGUGUCUUGUUUAUUUCUCCCCCGUGUGUGAUUUGUUUUGUUGUGUUGUGAAAGAGUGAAAAGCAAAGGUUGUAAUCUUUGAAGUAACAAUGGCGGUGAAGAAGCCACGGAUUGUGAUAAUUGGAGCAGGAAUGGCAGGCCUCACUGCUGCCAACAAGCUCUACACUGCCACUGCCUCAAAGGACUUGUUUGAGCUGUGUGUUGUGGAGGGUGGAAGCAGGAUUGGUGGCAGAAUCAACACUUCAGAGUUUGGUGGUGACCGUAUUGAGAUGGGUGCUACUUGGAUCCAUGGAAUUGUAGGUAGCCCUAUUCACAAAAUUGCUCAAGAAAUCCACUCACUCCACUCUCACCAACCUUGGGAGUGCAUGGAUGGGAACACUGAUGAUGCCAUCACCAUUGCUGAAGGUGGCUUCCACCUCAACCCUUCCAUUGUUGACCCCAUCACAAAGCUCUUUAACAACCUCAUGGACUACUGUCAAGGGAAGCUCACUCGAGCCACUGCAAAGGGUGAACUCGAAAGCUACCACAACCUGGCUUCUCUGGCUGCUAAGGUUGCUUCCAACAACAACAACAACCUUAGUGUUGGUUCUUUCCUCAGACAAGGCCUUGAGGCUUACCAGGUGUCAAAGGAGCAAGAGGAGGUCAAAGGGUGUGGGAACUGGAGCAGGAAGUUGCUUGAGGAGGGUAUCUUUGCAAUGCAUGAGAACAACCAGAGGACUUAUACCUCUGCUGAUGACCUUUUCACCCUGGAUUAUGGUGCUGAGAGUGAGUAUAGAAUGUUCCCUGGUGAAGAAAUCACAAUUGCUAAAGGGUACUUGAGUAUAAUUGAGUACUUAGCUUCUGUGUUGCCACCUGGUUUGGUUCAGUUGGGUAGGAAAGUCACAAGGAUUGAGUGGCAGGCUGAUGAGAGGAAGGGUGUGGAGAAUGGCUAUGGGGGUUGUUGUUCUAGGCCUGUGAAGCUGCAUUUUUGUGAUGGCUCAGUUAUGUCUGCUGAUCAUGUCAUUGUCACAGUUUCACUGGGAGUGUUAAAAGCUGCUAUUGGUGAUGAUGAUUCAGGUAUGUUCUGUCCUCCUCUUCCCCCUUCCAAGACUGAGGCUAUUUCAAGGCUUGGUUUUGGGGUUGUUAACAAGUUGUUUAUGCAAUUGAGUCCAACACAUGGAGUAGACAAAAAUGAACAUGAACAAUCCAACAAAGGGUUUCCUUUCCUGCAAAUGGUUUUUCAUUCUCCUCAAUCUGAAAUGAAGCACAAGAAAAUACCCUGGUGGAUGAGGAAGACAGCCACCCUUUUCCCCAUCUACAACAAUUCUAGUGUCCUCUUGUCAUGGUUUGUGGGGGAAGAAGCACUAGCACUUGAGUCACUCAAAGAUGAAGAGAUCAUCAAUGGGGUUUCAUCCACAGUCUCGUGCUUUCUACAGCAUUCUCAGUGGCAAAAGGGUUCCAGUUCACAUAAAUUGUGCAAUGGUAAUGCGAAUUCUGAGGAGGGAUCUCACCAAAAUGAAUUGAAGUUCAGUAAAGUCUUGAAGAGCAAAUGGGGGACUGAUCCCUUGUUUUUAGGGUCAUACAGUUAUGUUGCAGUAGGAUCAAGUGGUGAUGAUUUAGAUACAAUGGCAGAGCCAUUGCCAAAAGAUAGCAGUUGUCAGCCUUCUGCUUCAUCUCCACUUCAAAUUUUGUUUGCAGGGGAAGCAACUCACAGAACUCAUUAUUCCACGACUCAUGGAGCUUACUUCAGUGGCCUUAGGGAAGCCAAUAGGCUUCUUCAACAUUAUCAUUGUGUUGGGAUUUAUAACAACUAGUAUUUUUUUUUUCUUAAAAUUUUUGAACAUUAAUCUCUAUGAUAUUAUUCCCAUUUUCAUUUUAAACGUCUUCGUUUCUCUUUAAGGAAAGUAGUGAGUGAUUGGGAAAAAUCAAUAUUAGAAGGGGGCAAGAUGAAUAGUGAGAUGGGGACAUUUAGAUGUACUACUUGAAGUAAUUUUUCCCCAAUAUUCCUUUCUCUUCAUUUAUGAGUGUAGUUUCUUUCUAUUUAAUCUCUUUGUUAAUCUUCAAAAGAAAACUAGAUGAGAUUUUUUGUGACAAUUUAGAACUAAGAAGCAAUGCAACCCCCAUGUCCAUGUGUGUUCUCGGGCUUCUCUCAAAGGACAGGAUCCGCCAAACCCGGCUCUUUCCAGCUUGGAAUCUCCUCAUUAGUUCUAUGAAAUGAAAUAUGGCUUGUCAACUGCUCAGGCCUAUGUGUUCUUAUCAUGUAUCAACUCUACUCAAAACUUUGAUGAUGCUACUACCUUUAUGAGAAUUGGUCCUUGAUGUGAUAUAGAGCUUCUGUAAUUAAGUGGUAAGGAGUUCAGUUCAGUUCUUUGUUCAUUCCAUUCUACAUAAUUAAGUUUAAUUUCAGUGUAA